AUGAGAGUCUCAGCCAGGAAAACAGUGGCGCCCACGACCCUGCCUCCGCCAUUGGCAGAAACCGUCCGUGAGACAGCAUGGCCUGGUGGAGAUCCCUGUUGCGGAGUGGGCAAGAAACCUGCUCGACGGUCCUAUACCAUCUACCGCAACACACCUGAGGGGGACGGAGCCUGCCGUCUGGAGGGGCUGCAGGUGAAGGUGGUGGAAGCCACGGAGCACGAGGGGAACGUGGCCAGCGAGAGGCCCGCGAGGCCGGCCUGCUGUCCGUGGCAGGACCGCUGGAAGGCAGGAUCGUACCUGGUGCUUGUGGGCCUCCUGAUCUUCACCGUAGCCUUCCUCCUGGGGUAUAUCUCCUCCCGGGGGUCCUGCGGAGUAUGUGGGGACUUCCUAACCGUCGUGAGUGACGAACGGCCGUAUGGCAUGGAGGACGACCCGGGAGGAGCCCCCUUGUACUGGGCUGACUUGCGGGAGAUGUUUCAGAAGCACCUCAACGAGGAGAAGAUUGAAGCGACGAUCCGAAGAAUAAGCGAGGCCCCCCACCCUCCUGGCUCGCCCCGCCUGGACGUCCUCUCCAGCCAUGUGCUCAGCUCUUUUGCCUCGUACGGACUGGACCACAGCUGGACCGACAGCCAUUACGUAGGGCUUCAGAAGCCCAGCCGGCAACACCCUAAUUUCCUCCACCGUGUGAGUGCCGAUGGGGCUGUGCUGGAGAAAUUGCCUCUGGAAGAUGCUGAGGUUUACUGUCCCUACAGUGCCUCCGGCGUCGUCACGGGUGGCUUGGUCUUUGCCAACUAUGGACGCCGAGAGGACUUUACCGUUCUGAGGCAGCAUGGUGUUAACCCCCAUGGUCAGCUGGUCAUUGUCCGUGUAGGGGAAAUCAGCUAUGCUGAGAAGGUAGCCAACGCAGAGGCCUCCCAGGCCGCGGGAGUUCUCCUUUAUCCAGACCCCUUCGACAUCCCCCAAGAUCCUCACAAACUGGGGCUGUUCCAGAAUACAAGCAUCUAUGGACAUGUCCACAUGGGCGCGGGAGAUCCCUACAGCCCUGGAUUUCCUUCCUUCAACCACACACAGUUUCCCCCAGUACAGUCCUCCGGGCUCCCCAAAAUCCCAGCGCACCCCAUCAGUGCUAACAUGGCUGCACACCUGCUCAGACAGCUGACCGGUCCCAUCGCCCCCCAAGACUGGAUUGGACGCCUUCCCGAUGUCCCCUACAUGCUCGGCCCAGGAGAGCCCGCUUUCCGGUUGCAGUUGGGAGUCCACAACGUGAAGCAGUCUGUCAUGAUCAGCAACAUUUUUGGGUGCAUCGAGGGUAGAUUUGAACCAGAUCAUUAUCUCAUUGUGGGGGCUCAGAGAGACUCCCUGGGGCCGGGAGCUGCCCAUUCUGGUGUGGGCACGGCCAUUCUCUUGGAACUGGCCCGUACCUUUGCUGCCAUGGUACGGAAUGGGUUCCAGCUGCGAAGAAGCUUGCUGUUUGUGAGCUGGGAUGCCGGCGACUUUGGCAGCGUGGGCUCCACCGAAUGGCUGGAGGGGUAUCUCACCAUGUUGCAUCUGAAAGCAGCUGUCUAUAUCAGUGUGGACAACGCAGUCCUAGGAGACGACAAGUUUUUUGCCAAGACCAGCCCUGCUCUGAUCAGCCUCAUCGAGAGCAUCAUCAAACAGGUGGACAGCCCCAACCGCAGUGACCAAAGCAUCUUUGACCAGGUGACAGACCAUGGCCGGCAAUGGCAGAGCGAGGUAAUCCGUUCUCUUCCCAUGGACAGCAGCGCCUUCGCCUUCACCGCAUUCGGGGGGGUCCCUGCUGUGGAAUUCUCCUUUGCAGAGGAGUCCCGUCCCUACCCAUUCCUGAACACCAUGGCUGACACCUAUGAUAACCUCAACCGAGCUCUCCACGGGCGCCUCCCUGCCGUAGCCAAAACCGUGGCCGAGGUUGUGGGUCACCUACUGAUGAAACUGACCCACGACCACCUCUUGCCCCUCGACUACGGGUGCUAUGGAGAUGUCCUCUUACAGCAUGUAACCCGCUUCCAUGAAUACACUGCACUACUGAAGAGCCGCGGUCUGACCCUGCAGUGGAUUUACUCAGCCCGAGGUGAUUAUGUGCGGGCAGCUGAGAAACUGCGCAAGGACAUCUACAGCUCUGAGGAACAUAAUGAGAGGCUCUUGCGCAUGUACAACGUCCGCAUUAUGAGGGUGGAGUUCUACUUCCUCUCUCAGUACGUGGCCGUCACGGAAACCCCAUUUCGGCAUAUUUUGCAUGGCCGGGGCCCCCACACAAUGGCGGCCCUGUUAGAGCACGUCAGCCUUUUGCGGGAGGCCCCGGAGAAUUUUGACGAAGUCCUCUUCCGCCGCCAGCUGGCCCUCGUCACUUGGACGCUCCAGGGGGCGGCCAACGCCCUGAGCGGGGACGUCUGGGACAUCGACACCAACUUUUGAUCCC